UGCUACCGUGCGUUCAACUAUUUAUAAUCAAAUAGGGUGCGCCUGUGUUGAGCGUAUGGUUACAUUAUGCACCGCGCACACAAACGCGCUCCGAGGCGAGCGAGGCAAUGAUGUGCACGAAGUAUUAUCCCUUAUUACACGAUCCGCUUCCGCGCCGGCCGCACGUACAAUAGUUGUCACCCGACCUCUUUUGUCGAAUGCAGAGCGAAGUGUUAGCUUGUUUACAUCGAAAUGCUGGAGCGAUGCAUAGAGCGCUAGUUGGCUCGAUUGUGUCAUCGACCGAGCGUCGAUUAUCUCUAAAUUGCGAGUGAUUCACGGACAAUGUACGCGACUGUGUUUUUGCUGAAACUUUUUGUGAACUUGUGAACUUUACUAUCCGUCAAGUGAUCUCGUUAGCGAAAUUGAACUGUGACAUAAUUCUACUCUUCAGACUCAGUGUGCCAUUUUCGAGUGUCAAAGUGAACUCUACACGGAGAAAAACUUAGAAAUUAGGCUUUUGAGAUUUUUUAUUGGACUUGAAAAAAAAUUUGGAGAAGAGAAAUUUUCACGCAGUAAAUUUUCUAAAUCCAGGACUUGUAAUAUAAAGUACUUAUAAAAUAGUACAGAAGAAUUGAAGUUAAACAAAAUUGACGGAAACGAAAAAAACUGUUGAGCUUCACAAAGAUAAAAAGUUGCGGGAGACGAAACCCAAACGCGCACGAGCAUUUAUGCAUACAAAACAAACCGCAAUCUGUCCACGCUUCUUCCGUAGAAAAAGGCGUUGUGAGAGACAAAGAUGGCUAUAGCAUUCAACUUGCCGAGCGAGAGAGAGGCAGCUGAGGAGAACUUUUCACGAUUGAACCGGCUCCUCGCAGAGUUGUACGAGGUUUUAUGCCACAUCUUGGUAUCACGACAGCCUGGCCAAGAAGCCCAGGACAGCCGGCGAGAUCGUCCCUACUCCGAAUCCGACAUAGAAAGAGCACCACCACCACUCCAGCAAUGUCGUCGUUCAGCAUCAUCACCCCCCUUGACCUUGACCUUCGACAGUGACCUGGAGGACGACGUCUUCCUCCCAAGAUCAGACCCUGGAAACGACAGGUUCUCGACAACUAACCUGGAGAUAUUUCGAUAUGGGAGGACACCAGCUGGAGUAUUAUUAAGUCCAAGGAGGGAACGGUCGUUUAACUUUUCGGUGACCAGUGAGAAGCAUUGGAGAGAUAAGGGGGGGACGGAUGUGGCAGAUGGGAUUAUAGAUGCUGAUGUUACGGAUGCGGCUUCUCCAGAAUUGGUGCUUGAUGAAAAAGAUUCAUCAGAAAGCUCCAUCUUUUCGUCAAUUCUACCGGAUAAGCUAUCUGGUUCGAUUUGCACUGCAGUUCUUUGCCUGGUCGGUUGGAAGCUUCUUUGCAAUAAACGGUGAACUAAAUUAUAUAAGUAUUUGCUUGGUUAUUCUGACCGUUACAAUGCGUGGAAGGAUAUAAAUCGACGUAUUUUAUUGUACGUUUUUUGUAAAUUUUAUAAACGUUAUAAUCAAAUGCCCAUCUUAAACUUAGACAAGUCUUAGUACGAUGUAUUGUACUUUUAGAAUUUGUCCCACACGAAGAUUUUCUCAUGAAAUAUUGUUUUUGCUAAAUUGUUUGUAUAAUAAAUACUUACUUUUGUAGAAUUUUUAUACAAAAUUAUAUAGUUACUAAUACUACCCUGCAUUUUAAAUUUUGGAUGUGAAAAUUUAUUUUAAGCAAAACUGCAAUAAUUUGAUUUAAUAAUGUGAAAUGAAGAAAAAACAUUUACUGGGUUGAUAAUUAGGGUAAAGUGUAAAUGUUGGUAACUAUCUAAGGAGAUGAGUAUUGUCUCGAUGAAGAAUUGUACGAAUUUGAAAAAUAUGUAAAUAGUACCUAUUUUGUGUAGAUAUAUUUUUACAAUUAUUACACGGCCAUCAAAAGCAGCAAUAAUAAAUCAGCGAAUUAUAAAAAAUGCAGUAAGUAUUUCAACUGUUAAAUAACUUUAGCGAAUACUAUACUACAUAUUAAUAUUGAAUUAACUUAUAAAAAUACAUGAGAUGAACACAUGAUAAGAAAUGAAGUGUUUCACUAUAAAGGAACUUUAUCUUUAAAAUUAAAUAGGCGUGUUUUUAAGAAGUAGUGUUUUUCUAUGAAACAUCAAUUUAAAUGACGCACAAAAUUGUAUUCAUUAAAAAUUAGUAGGACACCUUAUUGGUAUUGUAACCAUGAUAUUUUUAAUAUCUUGAAAAUUUACAUUCCGCUUUCGAUGUUUAAUAAAAUUACAGCCAAGAAAAAUAAACAAAAUCGCUUGUAUCUUGUUAAAAGUUUGUAGUAGUAAAAAAAUGUUUACACGUUUAUUAUACAGAGGUUGAUAAAGCUUAUACUUAUUGUAAUAUAAUUAUUCUUUAGAAUGGACCAGGUAAAGACGUUUAUAUAGUAACAAAAAUAGACUUUUAAAUAAAUCAGAAUAACGUCUUUCACCCCAUAAAUUGUUCCAAAGAGCAGCCUAAAAUUUUGUCAUUGUUUGAUCUCAUUAUAUUAUUUUUGUAAUAAAAAAUAUUUUAUUUUGUAAUAUCUUAGUGUAAGAGAUAGACCGUUUUUGAUAAGGGUUAGUGCCAAGUUUUCUAAUGUCGAAAAUGGUCUCAUAUACCUAAAUUUAAAAUAAAGUUUGUAGUAAAUAAAGACGGUUGGAAGUGAUAUGAUUUAUUUGUCAAUUUUGUUAAAUAAAAUUUAUUAUAUUUAUUACACAGAGCAUUUUUACAAUAAAAAAGAAAUUAAUUUUCAUAAAUUUCGUCGAAUAAAUCAAAUAACGCUAUCGUCAGUUUAUAAAACAAUUAUAUAUUUAAUGUUUAUUAAUAACAAAAGAAUGAGCAGACGUGUAUAUUGCUCGUUACCGGUAAGUAAAUAGCUUUUUUUUAGUUUAAAUUAUUGUAAAAAAUUAAUAAGUGCUAGUUUACAGUUUUUAAGUUGUACGAGGCUUUGUGUCUUUGAAAUAUUAUAAAGAAACAAGAUUAUUAUUGUUUUCUUUAUUUGAGUUGUAAUAUUUUAAUCCGCUAAUACGAAUUAUAUUUAGAACGAUUUAUCCAUCCAUUUUUUAUAUACAGAAAAUGCCUAACUUAUGUAUGCCUGUCGAGGAAAUGGAGGGGUAAUGUGGAGCUUGCAUCCACUAAAACCCGUGUCUGGAUAUCACUUAGUAGUAUUCACUACACUCCCGCCAGGCCUUGAGAUUAAUUAUCCAUCCAUAAAUAAUUAAAACAUAAUUUGUAUUUUGGUUUUAUUUUAAAAAUAAUAAAUCGAAAAUAAAAAAGUAUAAUUAUUAUUUUACCACUUAAUGGGAACAAAAUAUUUCGGGAGCAAAAAUGUUAAGUUGUCAUAUUAUAGUAGUUUUAUUUUUAGAUUUUAUGUUAAGGUGAAACAAAAUAUACAGAAGGAUGUGUUCAAAUGUGAUAUGUAUUUAUUUAAGGAGUCGAUUAAAAUAGAAAAAGAAAGAAGUUUUCCUAAUGAUCUCUUGGAAACUCUUGUGUGCUACACGUAUUUGUUAACCAUGUACAAGUGAAUAAAAUCAAACAUCU